AAAGCAGCCAUACACACUCCAUGUUAUGACAGUCCACGCGUGUCUAAUUGUCUUCCUGGCUUUUCAAGACACAGGACUAUAAACACGUCCCACGCCCUCUGACAGCAACAUGACCAUCUGAACUGUCGACAAGGCCAGAGGCAGUUGUACCGACUGAAGAUUUGUUAUCAACUUUAAGCUGCAACAUUGACAAAGGACACGAGAAUGUCCUGCCUUGUGUUGUGGUUGUUACUGGCAGCGGGGAUGUCAUCAGCGGCCAACCUCCGCUCUCUCCCGGAUUUGAUGACAGACGUCGAGCUGAUGGACCACGUGAGGCGAAUCACACGAGCCGUUGAGGCGGAGGAAUAUGACAUUGCGACCUUGUAUGGGACGAGUUUGUACUCCGGAGAACAUACUGGUCUCACCAAGCGGGAUGUGGAGGACCACGCCUCUCAUCCAUCGACAGAGUCCAGAAACUUCGAGUUGCAUCUGACUUCCGGUGAGCGACUGCGCAUGUCUGUACAGAAACGUUCCGCCAUGAGUCCCGACGUGACGGUGGUAGAACGUGUCUCUGGCAGGGAGGAGCUGCGCCGUCCACAAGUCCGAGAUUGUUUCUUCAGCGGCGGCCUGGAGGGUGAAGAGGGGCACGCCUCGCUGUCACUGUGUGAUGGACAGGUGAUGGGAGCCAUACGCUCACGGAAACGAGACUUCGAGCUGCACGCACUUCCGGAAACUACUGCCACCAGGCGUCGCUCGGUUACAGAGCCUUUGCGUGUGCUCGUCACGUGGUCUAACUCUGAACAGGAAAAGAGAGAUGUUUACAAUAUCGUCCCUGAAAUUCCUGAUGAAAGUCAAAUAUACAGCAACCAAGAUACCCACGGAGGACGAUCCGUAGCCGACAAAAGCGCGACAAUAGAGGUGGGCGUCUACCUGGACAGGUUGUUCCUGGCAAACAUGGAGGGAAAAUUCGGACUGAGCACAACACAGCAACUGACAGAUCUCGUGGCUCUCAAAUGGAGUGGCAUGUACGCCGUGCUGUCCAAUCCCUCGGUGAUCGGCUGGAAGAUCACCAUGAAAGUCGUGUACCUGGAGAUCUGGCGCGAGACACCCUCCUGGUACAACGAAACCGUUGACAACCUCGGCGGCCGAAUGGACAAUAUCUGCAUGUUUACUACUGACAAACCCUUCGACCACAUCAUGCUGGAGACGGCAGACACACCCGGUAAUACGGUAGGACUCAGUUGGCAGGGUACGAUGUGCAAUCCAAGAUGGCGCUGCUCUAUUGCCAAGGGAGUGAACUUGAACAACUGGAUCGAGAUUCACGAAACAGGUCACAGCAUUGGUCUGAACCAUGACAACACCUUCACGUCUUGUGACCCCAACGUACCGAAGGGCUUCAUGUCCAUGCAGGAGACUGUCUUCAGAGACUGUUACGCCCCGGUCCUCGACAGUUCUCUGAGAACCAAGACCUGUCUGUUUGAAGAGAACGUUGACGCCUCUAAGUACACCAGCGUCAAAAACAUCGUGCCCCUGUACAGAGGUCAGCGGUACGGGCUGGACAGCCAAUGCCAGUUCGUUCAAGGAGAUGGAUUCCAGUAUCUGCACCGUCCAUCGGCUGAUACAUGUGCCGGUAUUACCUGCAUACGAAAAUCGCCGUUUCGAGAAAUUGCAGAGAUGAAAACAUUUAUGGGAACUCCUUGCGGGAAAGAACAAAUGUGUUUCGAGGGAGCGUGCGUGCCGUGGGUGAAGACUGUGAACCCCAACUAUGUGCGUCCUCUGGUGAAGGAAGGUGGCUGGGGACCAUGGAGUUCGUCUUCUCCCUGUGACAACACUUGUGGUGAUGCUGUCAGCGUCUCCACACGACAAUGUAACAGCCCAGUACCAUCCGUGGCCCCAUUUUGUAAAGGAGAUGUCAUCAAGGCUCAGAUGUGCCCGUCUCGACAGGCGUGCUCAGGUGAGAGCAGCGUGGAGUCGGAACUUGUCCAACAACGGGUCAAGGCCGUGUGCAGCAAGGUGAAGGCCAGUGGUGGGUCAUCGUACAGCCUGACUGGAGAGGGCAAACUGAACGGCACCAGCGGCGAGGUCAGCAAGUGCACGGCGACCUGCAACCAUGUGGAUGGGACCUCCACAACCCUCUUUGCCCUACAGGACGGGACACCAUGCUGGGGUCAGGACAACGACAGGAACCGCGACUCUAAUGUCAGAGGCAUUUCGUGGCGAUGUGUACAAGGCCGAUGUUUGGCCUUCGGGUGUAACGGCAAGAGCCUGGGUGAGGGAGGCGGUGUGGAGAAAGACAGGUGUGGAGUGUGUGGCGGGGACGGCUCGUCUUGCCCCAAGUAACCAGGUUAACUCACAUCAUUGGACACAAAAAGCAGAAGAUUGGGAGUGUCUCUUUUUCUCUCUCUCACACAUACACUCAUGCACGCACGCGCGCGAGCGCGAUCUGAAAGAUCUUGUCUCUGUCAUUACAUCCUGAUAUUUGUCCAAAUGAAGACAUUUUAGACAGGAUGUUUUGUUUAAUAACUACUCUUACAUAAUAUGCAAACGUCUUUUCACAUUAUUUGCAGAUAACUGUUAAGAUGAAGACAAUGGCCUUAAAGACAGACACUAUCUUGAAGAGCCCUUUAUUGUCAAUAAAGUGUUAUAUCAACUAAUGUUCUACACUUUAGCAUACGUUUGUUGUCUUCUUGCUGUGAUACUUCCUUUUUUGACAAAGACUGUUCAAUAAACAAUUAUAAGUCAACCACAA